AUAUUUCUUUAUGCCAAAUAAUUGUUCAUCUUUGUAUGCAGCUUUGCUGUGUUUUUAGUCAAUUAAAGAUAAAACAUUUGAUUUUUUCCUAAUGAGAUACAAACAAUACAUCAAGGAGUAACAGUGAACAUGUUGUGCAAAAUGUGAAAACAAUGUGAAGAAGUGUCAGAUGCAAGUCCACAGAAGUGAAGGAGUGAUUAUUAAAAAUAUGCCUUAAAAAAAUACUUAGAUUUGUGGUCACAUGCUGAGCAGCUUAGCCAUUUAACAUUUUGCUCUGAGUGGGAUAAUCGACCUCACAUCGGAGAUCAUGAAUAACUUUCAGAUCUGGAUAAAUUGAAUGUCUGAGUAAAAGGUCACCGACACAUAACCUACAACCCUGUGAAAGCUAUAAACGUAAACAUUAAUGGUUCUUAUUGGUAUUUUAUUAAUCUGAACAAUGUAAGAUGUGGGGAAGAUAUUGCAGGAAGAAGGUCCUGGGUUCAAAUCUGGAGUCUUCCUAAUCAUGCAUAUUCCUCCCAUGAUUAUUAUGCAUUUGUACGUGAUUGUUAGGUUAAUUUCUCUCUUUAAUUGUCCUCUCCUUUGAAUUGGUGGACUGGCAAGUUUGGACUUAACAAAACUGUCCUUCAUUGAAGAAAGGCAUUAAUGUAAGAAAACUAUAAGAAAAACACAUGAAAUAAGAUUCUCUGAUCAGAUGAGACCAACCAAAAGUGGUUUAAAGAAAAACAUAUUCAUGUGUUUGAAUGAUCCAGUCAAAGUCCAGACAUCAAUCCAACCGGAUGGACAUGUGAAGAUUAUGCACACAUUCCCUCCAGUCUGACUGGAUUUUAGUGAUAUUAGCAAGAUGUGGAGAGCUGGAACAUUCCUGAGAAAAGCUUGUGAGGCACAGAGGACACAGGAAAAAUGUCUUCAAAGUAAAUUAAAAAUAUCAACUAAACAUAGCUGUUCUCAAAAAAAUGACUGCACCAACUGAGCAAACAAAGUAUUCACACCUCAUCUCCCAUUGUUGUGAAAGGUAGCUUAUAGAUUUGGUCCGACCAUUUAUACACAACAGGGGAAACAAAAGCAAACAUCAAUACUAACUAAGGAGCAAAUAUUCUAAUUAAACCUAAAACACCCCCUUACUGACAGACACAUGGUUGGUCCUGCUGAGAUGGCAUUGUGCUUUCAAACCCCUCAGGCCUUGGCCAGAAUUUAUUUCUUGAACAUAAUAAGUGUUUUUGCUGUUUUAAGUCAAUUGAAUCGAGUUAUUUGACCUUUGAAGCAUUUUUCUAGAUGUUUGCUUUGAUUGACCUUCUUAAUCUGUUUCAGUCUCACAGCUCAUGGUGGAGUUAUUAAUGUACCCGCAGUCAGGGCGUCAGACUAAAAGCCCUUCAUCAGUCACUCUUCUAAUCCUGAGCACCCAUGUUACAUAAAGUGGCCAUCCUAACCCACGUCACGCAGAAAAACGGCUAAACCCCCGGCUUUUUUCGGGGUUAUUAACUCCUGCUGUGGGAGCCGACUGAGCUGAGGCACCAUGAUCCUCAUCGUGGACCUGCUGUUGAUGAUCAUCGAUGUCACCUACUCCAUCCUGUGCGCCGUGGUGCGCACCUUCCUCCAUCCCAGGCUGAAGAGCAUCGACGGGGAGCUGUGUCUGAUCACGGGAGCCGGGGGGGUUCUGGGUCGCCUCUUCGUCCUGGAGUUCGCCAAAGAGGGGGCGCACCUCGUCCUGUGGGACUGCGACACGGCUGCCAACGAGCGGACCGCGCAACUGGCCCGGGAGCUGGGCGUGGAAGUGCGCACCUACACUGUGGACCUGUCCAAGCGCCAGAGCAUCUAUGACGCUGCGGAGAGGGUGAGAGCGGAGGUCGGGGAUGUCUCCAUCCUGGUCAACAAUGCGGGGGUGGUGGCCGGACGGAGGCUGCUGGAGUGUCCGGACGAGCUUCUGGAGAGGACUCUGCUGGUGAACUGCCAUGCGCUGUUUUGGAUGACAAAAGCCUUCCUGCCUCAGAUGAAAGCCAGAAACCACGGCCAUAUUGUCACUAUCGCUAGUGCUCUUGGACUGUUCACCACAGCAUGUGUGGAGGAUUACUGUGCCAGUAAGUUCGGUGCUGUUGGCUUCCAUGAGUCCCUGGCACACGAGCUGCGAGCAGAAAACCACGACGGCAUCAAAACCACAUUGGUGUGCCCCUACAUCGUAGACACAGGGAUGUUUUCAGGCUGUGAGAUCAGGAAAGAAAUUCGGAACCUGAUUCCUCCACUUGAGCCUCUCUAUACAGUCCAGCAAUCCAUGAAAGCCAUCCUGGGCGAGCAGGAAAUGAUCUGCAUUCCUCGCAUCAUGUACAUCGUCUUCAUCGCAAGAGCGUUGUUACCUUGGGAGGCCAACGUUGUGGCAUAUCGCUUCACGGGAGGCGAUAAGUGCAUGAUGCCCUUCAUCAAGAACGCUGAGACAAAAACCUCAGGCGGCCACAUCCAGUCUUCCUGAGACUUUUCCAGUAAUGUCUUCCAGUGUUUUUCAAUGGGCUAAUGCAGACACCAAAGGCUUGUUUGUGCAUUUUAUAAUACACAGCGCCCCUCAGAAAAGAUGUGUA